AGAUACAAUUCGCGCCCUUGAACUAGGCCUCCAUCGUCCCGACAAGUAUAGGCAUCAAUUGUGUACUCUCCAGAGUUCUCACGAUGUUCCUACGCCUAAGAGCAUGUUUUCGGGGAAUUGAGGAGGCGGCAACCUGCGCGCAACAGUGCGGCCUGUAAUUUCGCGAAAGACUCUUCAGCUUCUGGGAGCCGCUUGCAAGUGGUCACAGCCUUCCGGGAUGAUGACGAGUUUCGGUCCAGGCCAUGUCACGACAUUCGCACCGCUCGCCGCUGCUUGGAAGCUCCCAUCGAUCCCAAAAACCUUGCCCACAUGGGCGAGACCGGAUUCCUAGGUUCCCGCGCGUGUUUCCAGCGGCAGUCCACGCCGGACGUACUCACCCCAACGUGCGAUGUCCACGACACCACCCCGAUGGCUGAAAUCGACGUGCAGCUGAGGUGCUCCGCCGUCCCGGCCCCGCGCACCGAGGUUCCCAACGCAGCUUCAAGGCCUGGCCGCGCCGCACCCAGCGCCGGCAGCCACCUCAGGCCAGCUUUGCCGCCGUCCCUGACGCUCCUGGCAGCGCAGGGCAGCAGCGGCGCAGCGGAGAGCAGGCUCCUGGCCAAACUUGUAUACAGCACCCUGCGGCCUACAGCCCCCGAGUCACAAGGGGCUGACGGCGCUGGCGGCAGUGCUGCAGCCGCAGUAGCGACCAUUUGCACGACGGCAGCUGCUACAGCCGCCGAUACCGGCGGCUACAAGCUACCAGCUGCAGACAGCGCCAGCAUGAACGGCGAGUGCCCGCAGCUGGAUUCCAGCCUCUCUGUCGGUGGUGCCCGAGUGAAUGGCGGUGAUACAGGCGGCAACGGUGCAGGGCUGUACAUGGGCGGCGAUAAUGACACUGAGGAGCUAGCCAUGGCAGCGGCCACGCCGGCUGCUGCCCCUGCGGCUGCUGCUGUGCCCGCUACGGCGGCCGCGACGCCUGUGUUGCACCUGCAAAUUCCCAGGUCGUUAUCAGAGCCCACUCCGACCGGAAGGUGCCUGCACCGCUGCGGUACGCUGCCGACGGUGAUGCCGGUGGCAGCCGAGGUGGCAGCGGCGGAGCUUGCACCGGCGGUUGCAGCCGCAGUAGCGGCCACUGAGCCGCUCCCGCGCUCGGUGCAGCACGUGACCACCGUCGCCCCGCGCCUCCAACUGCCGCGGGAUGGCGUGGCCGCCGCCUCCGCCGCAGCCGCCGCGUCAAGCGCGUGCAACGGCCACGCUGCUGCAAGCGCCGAGCAGCAGCAGGUGCUGCCGCCGGCGCUGCUGUCUCGGCGGCGCCAUCCCCGUGUAGCGAGCCGGGUCCAGGGGCCUGUUCUGGCGGCCACGUGCGACCGCAUCGCCGCUGUUGAUGACGUGGGCGUGGCGCCAACGGAUACGGCAGCGGCGGCUGCGGGCGCUGCUGGCGGGUACGGCUCUCACGUGUACACGGACGCGGCUGGCCUGGACGGCGACGAUGAAGAAGACGACGAGGAUGCUGACGAGGACGCAGCGGAUGAGGAUGCGGAUGAGAACGAGAUGAGCCACGUGAUCCGCCACGUGAUGCGGAUGGCCCGCCGGCACCACGUGCAGGAGUCACGCGCAGCAUGCAGCAGGCUGCUGCAGGUUCUGGAACCCGCCGGCCGUGGCAACGCUGCUGGCGCCUCUGCCAGCGGCUCGGCUGCUACUGGAGCUGCCGCCGGCUCCAAACUGGCCGGAACAGCACCGACCAUGCCUGUUGCGGAACCGGUUGCGGCAACAGUCGUGGAGGCCGCUGCUGCGCAUGCGAGCCACCUGAAGUGCAGCAGCAGCUCAGCUGGCGGCGGCGGGGACAGUGACGAGGCACAGCGGGCUAGCUACAGCCUUAGCGCCCUGCACUACGGCAAUAGCAUUGCUGCCAUGGCGGUCGGCAAUGGGGCCUCGUUCUGCGCCAUUUCGUCUUGCGAGGUCGCCUCGGAGGAUGUGUCCGCCGAAAUGGCUGCCCUGGCUGCGGCGAUGGCGCAGCAGCAGCAGCAGCAGCAGCAGCCGGGUCAGGCGGUGGCGGCAGCUGCUGCAGCUGGCGGUCUGGCGCUGGUAGGCGGCGGCAGCGUCGCUGGCGCGGAAGUGGGCGGCUGGGUCGAGCGCGUAAGCCGCACGUCCCUCAACGAGGCCCUGCAUGAUCGGCAGCGGGAGGUGGCGGCCGGACUGGCGGCUGCAGCGGCCGCGGCUCGAGGCCCCAGCGGCGGUGCUGCAGCGGCAGUGCCGGAACAUCUGUUAUGUCGGCCUCUGCAACUGGCCGUGUUGGCCACGGUGUAGGCUGCCUGGAGCGCAUGCGUAGCGAGCGAGAGGGU